CACGCGCACGCACACCGCUCACAAAAGAGCAAUUCCGAAAGACGCAGCGAAAGCACUUUUUGGUUUUUUACGUUGGGGUUUUAUUUAGUUAUUUAUUUGGGGGGGCCAAAGAACACACUGAUGCUCGCUCGCUCGCUCGCUUGCAUUUUGAUCUUUUUGAGCGAUGAUGACGCCACGAGGUUGCGUCACAAAGCUUCACUAGUUGGAAGCGCUUCGUAGUACUCAUCAGUCAGUCAGUCAGUCAGGCGGACAAGGACAGGACGGGACGGGACGGGACGGGACAAGAGAAGACUUCGCGCACGGUCGACGGCGGUGGACUUCCUGCUCCUCGGCGGCAUUGACCAAUCUUGACGUUUCGCAACAUUCCUGGCUUGUCGGGACAAACUCGUCGGUGCGUCCGCACCUGUCUUGUCCUGGCCGGGGGGUGGGGGGGGCUCCUCUUUGUCGACAUCGAUCGAGGAACGCUCCUUCGCGCAGGUGCCUCCCUGGAAACAAAACAAAAAAGCCCCGCAAUGACGCAGAACGCGGCCUGCCUGGUGUUUUACUUCCUGUUUCUGGGCUCCGCCCGGGCUGCCCCGUGGACGUCCCCGCCCAUCGAGUCGGACCACCCGUUCCUGUUCCUGUGGAACGCGCCCACAGAGUUGUGCGAGAGUCGCUUCGGCCUCCCGCUGGACCUGUCGCACUUCCACCUGGUGAGCAGCACGCUCAAGUCGGCCACCAACCAGAGCGUCUCCAUCUUCUACACCGACCGCUUCGGGAUCGUGCCGUACGUGGACGAGGACACGGGCGAGUUCGUGGACGAGGGCCUGCCCCAGCUGGUGGACCUCAAGGAGCACCGUGAGCUGGCAGAGGACGACAUCGAGUUCUACAUCCCCGUCGACCGCCCGGGCCUGGCCGUGCUGGACCUGGAGGAGUGGCGCCCGCAGUGGAUCCGCAACUGGGGCAGCAAAGACAUCUACCGGCAGAUCUCCGUCGAGAGGGUGAAGACUCGGAACCCCGGCUUGUCGGACGAUGAGGCGGAGGACCGCGCCAAGAUCCUGUUUGAGCGCGCCGCCAAACGCUACUUCCUGCGCUCGCUACUCAUCGGGAAGCGGUUGAGGCCCAAACGGCUGUGGGGCUACUACCUGUACCCCGACUGUUACAACUACGACUACAACCAGGAUAUGGACCAGUUCACGGGCGAGUGUCCGGAUAUCGAGAAGGAGCGCAACGACGAGCUGUUGUGGCUCUGGGGUGAGUCCACCGCGCUCUACCCGUCAAUCUACCUGGAGGUGGCGCUGCGGGACUCGACCCAAGCGCGACGCUUCGUGCGCCAUCGUCUGGUAGAAGCCGCCAGGGUGUCGACGCUCGCCAACAGCUCGUACUCCGUCCCCGUCUACGCCUACAUCCGGCCGGUCUAUAAGGACAGCACGGACCAAUACUUGUCAGAGAUGGACCUGGUCAGCACCAUCGGCGAGGCGGCCGCGCUCGGUGCUGCCGGCGUAGUUUCCUGGGGUGACAUGAACGUGACAGAUAGCGAGGACUCGUGUUUCCACGCUCGGCGCCACCUGGAGGACGUGAUGAAUCCGUAUAUCCUUAACGUCUCCACGGCCAGCAGGCUGUGCAGCGCGGCGCUCUGCCAGAGUCGCGGCCGUUGCGUGCGCAAGCGUUGGGACCACGACGUCUUCCUCCACCUGGACCCGCGACGCUACCGCAUCGAGCGCCGCGGUCGCCGCGGCCCGCUAACCGUGAGCGGCGGCGGCGGCGGCCCGUCCCGGGAUGACGUGGACCUGUUCGACCGCCAUUUCAACUGCAUGUGUUACGACGAGUCGCCGUGCCGCUCGGCGGAGACGCUCAACGCCGUCCGGGACGAGGCCUUCUACGCCGGGAGUCGCUCGAGCGGGUGCCGCCCGCUGGCGGCUUCUCACUUCCUGCUGAUGGCCGCUGGCGCGAGUCUGCUCGGAGCUCCGUUGGGAUGAAGUCGUUCUUGUUUGCUUCUCACUCUGACGGUGAAUCAACUUCCUCUGCGGCUGUCGUAUUCAAACUUGUUUUAUUGUUGGCUAGUUCACAUUUGGACAGUUUUCUAGUGCCGCUAUUUAAUUUGCGUUUAUUUAAUCUUAAUGUGUGAUUCUUACAUUGUGCUUUUUUUAUUUUUUAUUUAUUUUUUUUCGCCCUCUUAUUGCUGGUCAAAAAUGUUGUGAAGUGGCUGUGUUUGUAAUUGUGAGAAUGAAAGUUCUCGACUGUAAUGUCCCGAAUGUUUAAUAAAGUUGUUGUACCUGA